GUUACCCUCGCGUUCAUACGGAGCCAGCCAGCCAGGAUCGAGCCAAUCUCGCCAGAAUCGGCCGGCCGAGCCCUAACCUCCACCGCAACCCCACCUCAUCACCACCAAAACCUCCACGGCGCUGCAACCAGCCCGUAUGGCUCAGUUGGUAGAGCGUGUCACUAGCAAUGACAAGGUUUUUUCUCCAAAGGUUACCUUGUCACGGGGGAAAUAAGGUCGCUAGUUUGAAUCUGGCUAUGGGCAAACAACCUCCAAAAACGGGGUGGAAACCUCCUUUUUCUGGCUCAUCUUCGCCCGCCCUUCAUUUUGGGAGAGGUACGCAUCCGAGCAGCCGAGGAGCGCAAGGGAAGACGACGUCGACAGAUCCGUCCUUACUGCGGCCCCCACACAUUGCGGCAUGCCGUCGACGUCCAAACCCCAUCGAGGCGUCAAAGGCAUCCCCGGAAACGCAACCAGAGUCUGAUACACAGGGUGUAAAGCCCCGAAAUGCCACACAGUUCACACGACUGGCCUGUUUGUUGGUAUUCGGGCUGACGGGGAUGAUUGGGUCGUAGAUGGAUAUUAGGGGAGAGGUCCAAUAUGAGAUUGGCAUGGGAAUCGAAUAUUGGCCGAUGGCUGUAUUGAGGGUGCAAGUAUGGAGUAGACGGGGGAACGGCGGCUUAGGUCUGUGAAAAUCUUGCCAUGGCUCUGUUGAGAAGCGGAGGGGAAGGAUACGAGGUGGAAUGGAGUUCUGUAGAAUCGAAGAU